AUGCUGCCGAGUGGCCAUGCCGGCCGUCGCCACCGCCGAGGGCUGUCGUCGGCUACAACCGCAGACACUUCGUCCAUUGAGGAAUUGCAACUGCUGCAGCGCGCGGCGCGGAAAGGACGCCACGAUCUCGUCGCGUCCUUGAUCAUGAAUGGUGCCGACAUCAACGAGACAGACUCGAAUGGACACACGGCGGCCCACCAGGCAGCUCGAAAUGGACACAUCAAGGUGCUAGAGGUCCUCCAUGCCCUGGGGGCCGACCUCAACAAGUGUAGCUUGCGAGGUGUGAGCAUUGCGCAUCAGGCAGCGUUCGGCGGCCACCUCGAUUUUCUCCAGCGACUGGUCGACUUGAACGUUCGCGUGGACCUCGUUGAUGCCAACGACUUGACGCCGCUUGAAGUCGCGAUGAGGGAAAAGAAGUGGCUCAUCGUAGAGUACCUCGAAUCGAUCUACAGUCAGAUGGAGCUACCGACACCGACGUCAUCGCCGGCGACCCUGGACCAGGAGCUCAUGACAAUGUUGAAUGCACCACCGCUAGAGUUUUCCUCCCCGUCGCUCCACGCCAUGCCGCCAACACUGCGGUCCGCUGACGACAGCCACGCCACCAGCACCGCUGACGAAAUGCACACGUCGAGCUUGCGCUUGCACUCGCUGCUGCCGUUCACUCAUGACUCCCUCGAUGACGACGACGUGGUACAGUCAACUCCAUCUCCGCCGUGCAACCGGCGGAAGCGCAGCGCGGCAGAGGCGGCGCUCGAUGUGCCACCACCGACCACACCCGUGCACGAGUCGUCCAAGGAUGGAGAGGUGGCGUCGUCACUGACAGGACUGUCCUCGUCGCCUCACCAAGACUACCCCGUUCGCUCGUCUCCCUGGCAACAUCACAUGGUAUCCCUUCCGCCCAUUGCAUCUCCAUCCUCGUGGCAGGUCAAGACGUUGGCGAUGAACCCACUGCGGUCGACGUCCGUGUCGUGGCGGGGUAGCAAGCAACAGCAGCUGCACAACGACGAUGACAUCGCUCCAUCCCACUUGCGCGACAUUGCUGUCGAUGGCGAGCUCGGCCUUUCGACAGUGCAUAAUCUGCUGUACGAUAUGUAA